AUGUCAAAGCGAGGAAUUAUUGGCUUCCUUACAGCAUUGGGCUUCACAGCUCAAUUUACCAAUGGCCAGCUCCAGCCCGACUGCAAUCCGCUCCACGCGGAUUGCCCAUCAAAGAAGGCUUGGCCGCAGGAGAAUUACUAUAUUGAUUUCACCAAACAAAAGGGUCCUCCUCCGGACUGGACCGUUGCGAACUCCGAGGUCGUCGACUUCACUUCCAACGGAGCUGAGUUGUCAUAUGCAAAAAAGGGGGAUGCACCGAAUAUGUGGACCGAUUUCUACAUGCUUGGCGGCCGAUAUGAUGUCGAGAUGAAGAUUGCUCCGGGUCAGGGAGUGAUUAGUAGUGCAUCUUUAUGGUCAGACACCCAGGAUGAAAUCGAUUUUGAAUUUUCGGGUAAUCAAUUUGGUCAGACGCCUUUCCCGCCUCGGGAUGGGAUGUGGGCUUUUGAAACCAACGUUUUCACGCAAGGAAAGAUGUGGGACGGCGCAGCUACUUACCAGAAAGAUUCAUAUAAGCCAGCAGAGCAGUUCCAUAAGUAUUCGGUGGAGUGGGAUGAGGACCACAUGAACUGGUAUGUGGAUGAUAAGGUCGUCCGGAGUGUUCUAGCCAAGGAUACUCCUAAGGGCUUCGCCUUUCCCCAGUCUCCGAUGAAGCUCCAACUUGGUGUAUGGGGAGGCGGAGACCCUAGCAACAAUCACUGGACUAUUCAAUGGGCCGGGGGUGAGGUCGACAUGAAACGCGCUCCUUAUACUAUGUAUGUGAAGAGUGUAAAUAUUACAAACAAAUACCCUGCUUGCCAGUACAGAUAUAAGGAUAAGGCACCUGGCUCUAGCUACCUAGCUUCAUCCCCUUCAGCCUCGUCCGCUUCGGUUUCAUUCUCUUCAGUAACACAACCUGGCACUUCGAGCGUAGCUAGCGGCUCCAUUGUCUCUUAUUCUGAAUCGGUUGGAAGUAGCUCCUCGAGCGAAAUAGGCGGAAGUAGCAACACAAUUUCUACAAUAUAUUCGUCGACCGUUUACACUGUCACGUCCUGCGCACCGACAGUAACUAAUUGCCCUGUAGGUAAGGUUACUACAGAGUCGAUCUCGGUAUCGACAGCGAUAUACCCUCUCAUCUGCGACUGUAUCAUCAGCGACCAUUUCAUCCGCAGCUGUCUCCUCCGUAGCCAGCUCAUAUGCAACGAUCUCAAGCGGGUCGGCAGUAUUACCUACGACUGA